AAAAUUAUUUUUAAUAAUAAUAUUGUGGCCUCCUUGAAUAGUUUCAGUUUGGUAUUGUUGGAAGUUUGGACACCACUGUAAAAAAUGAUCGAUUUCAGUGAUUUAUUUGUACUUCAUAUUACGGUCUCAGCCUGUUGCUGCAGAUCUGAGCAUGAAAUAUUCAGGUUGACAUUUGAAGGUUUAAAAUAGCCGAUAAUUAUAUUUGAAGCCAAAAUAAACGACUCCUUCAUGGGUCCGUCAACGUCCCGCGUUGCCAUAGUGACAAUAAACCACAAAGAGCCGUUAAACAGAACCGGACCGACGGACAGAGAAACAGAUUCAAGAACCAGAGAAACGAACCGACACCGACGCCCAGCAGCCUCGUUUCCCCGGAUCUUCUUCCUCCGACUGUCCGGGGACCCUGACCCGGCUGGAGGCUCCGGACCCGGCGGCAGGAUGAGUGGGAACCGAGCGAUUCCCGGCGGGAAGGUUUACCGGCAGCUGUUCGACGCACAGGCGCAGCUGUCCAGAUCCCUGCUGGCAGGACGGAGGGUCCAGAGGACAGGCAGCCUGUCCCCGGUGUACAGCAAGACACCUGAGAGCAGCAGCAGGUGGCAGCAGAGGUCUGAUGUUGUCGAUGGCUCCGCUGACGUCAUCCGGCUUCCUGACCGUCUGGCCAUCGACGGGUCCAGCUUCGGGAUCAUUGACAAACUGACGAAGAGGAGGAUGAAGAAGCAUGAUGAAGCUCUGAGGCAGCAGGAGGCGGAGCUGCACCACCUGUCCCAGGUGUGUGAGCUGGAGGUGAGGUCCAUCUGUGAGCAGCUGGUGUCCUCUCUGGAGGAGGUGGACCUCAGAUUGGACAUCCUGAAGGACAGGAUUGGACAGCAGCCAGUCAGUCUGCAGGGCCUGCGCAGCCUCUGGGAGGAGGCGGAUGGGGAGAUGAGGCAGAAGAAGAGCCGGGUUUCAGAGAUGCAGCAGAAGCUGAAGACCUGUGACGACGGCAGGAGCCUGGAGAUCACAAAGAUUCUGAAGAAGCAGCUCCUCCGCCUGGAGCAGAUCGGCUUCCUGUCUCCACCCGAUGUCCACCGACUGAUCCACGCCAAGGCCAUGAUGUUGAACCAGUCUCUGCUGGCCAACCAGCGCAGCUCGGCCCGGCUGGUUCUGCUGCUGCAGGACCAGAACCUCCAGCAGGAGUUGGUUCUCCGUCUUCACUGGGAGGAGAGUCUGGACCACUGGAGGACAGGCCGGGUGGAGGAGAUGCUGGAGGAGCUGAGAACCGUGUGCAGCAGCAGGGAAGGGGAGCGGAACCUGUUCUCGGAUCAGAUGAAACAGAACCAAGAGGUUCUGGUCCAGCAGCGCUCCGAGGUCAUCUACAAGAUCUGCUCUCUGGUCCCGCCCACCUGCUCCGUAGCUCUGGCUUCUAAUUGGUUCAAUGAGCUGACGGCCAUCAACCAGCAGAUUGCUGGUCUCCAUGCCGACAUGCGAGAGCAGCUGCAGAGGUUUUAUGAAGACACCUGGCAGCGUUACCGGGCCGAGGCGCAGCGCUCCCAGGAGGCGCUGUCGACGCUGCAGCUGUCUGACCAGCAGGUGGAGGACAUCGCGUCCUCUCGGCUCCUCCCUCUGAUUGGACAACAACAGAGAGACGACGAAGAGCGAUUGGCUGGUUUAGACGAGUGCCGUGACAGCGUGGACCGCCAUGUCCUCGGGGUCAGCAGGUGGGUGUCUGAGGUGAUGCGCGCCGUAGCGUUGCUAUGGGAGACACACUGCCGCCGAGUGAAGAGGAGAGAAGAAGAGCUGGAGGCACAGGGACAGCUGGUGAAGCAGACGCAGCAGCUGCUGGUGGAGAGGAUGAUGGGGCCUGUGGACGCCGUGUUGGCGGCGCUGCGUCAAGAGAGCAGACAGGAGGUUCUGGACUUGUGUCUGGACCAAGUUCUGGAGCAGCUGAAGGACAUCCGGGACAGCUGCAGGCCGUCUCUGUCCCAGCAGUGCGACCUCCUGGACCAGCUCCCUGCCGUCCUCAUGGAGGAGCUGUACGCCUACAGUAACGCCGUCAGCUCCUUCUUCAGACUCAGCCAUCGACACAGACCGAGUCUAGCGGACUUGCCCAACGUCUCGGUGUCGUCCAUCAGAACCGGACUGGACCAGGAAUCGUCCUCCCACUCAGAGAUGUUCCACCCGAGAAGCGAGUUGAUCAGCAGAGAAGCCGGUUACUCCUUCAGCACCCUCAGGUUCCUGAGCGAGGCAGCGUCCUCGCUGAGCCAACUGUACAACAGCAGCACCACCAACUUUACAUCGUCAGGGGGCGUGGUCUACACCGGCCCCGCCUUCAGAUGCCCCGCCCCCGACCUGCCUGACUUCAUUCAGGAAACACACCUGAGCGUGUUUCCUGUGGAGCUCCUCAGCCACACCCUGACCAGGACCCGGAUUCUGGUUCUGGACCACAUCGAGCAGAGCUUCAAAGACCUUCUCGGCUCGGCUGUUGCCAUGGUGACGGAAAAGAAGGAAGUGGUUCGAUUGGAGCACGAACUCUCGCUGACACCAGAAUACGUCCGGACCCAAAUAUACGAGCCACGGCUCGUUGAGCUGCAGCUCCACCGGCAGCUUGUAGACACUUUCUCUGAGGACGUCUCGAACAUCCUGACCUCCUGCAGGAGAGAGCUCCACGAUCUCCAGGUCUCCAUCCAUAAGAAGAACCUGGAGCUGUUUGACCUUUUGACCUCCCAUAAGACGACGCUCCAGGAGCUGCAGACCUCCAUACAGAGAGACCACCAGAUCGUCCUCCUGUUGCCGUUCAGGAAACGUCUGGAGGUCUUUGGCGCCGCCCUGCAGGAGCAACUGGACCGGCAUGCCGAGGACACCCUGCGGUGCCAGACCAACUUCAAGCGGAUGAUCCGCGGCCUCCUGGAGGAGGCCAGGAAGAAAGCGGCAGAGCUGCAGAAGUCCUUCAGGACGUUCAAAGAAGGAGGAGACUACGCUCCCCAGGAGGUGAAGGUGUUUCAGAAGAAGAUGAAGGAGGAAAUCAAGCGGCUCAGUUCCACUGAGGACUCCAUCUUCUCUGAUCUGGAGGUGUUUGAGUCCAAGAGUCUGCUGCAGCUCCGCAAGGUGCUGGCUCCGCUGGACGACAAGUUCUCCUCCCUGCAGGCGGAGGUGCUGUUCACUGAGGAGGUCCAGAAGAUCAUCAGCAGGACACAGAUCCAGAUCAAGGCCGAGGCGGCCAGCAGCAACCUGCAGCAGUCUGGGCUCAGCGGCCGGCUGCAGGAGCUGAGGGAGAUGACGACCAACCUCCAGGCGUCGCCGGAUCAGAUCUGCUGGUCGUUCUGGUCGGUGAAGGAGGAGAUAAAGUCGCGCUGCAGCUACCUGGGUUAUAAGAAGGACUCGGUGCUGCAGGACAGUUUUGCUCUGUCCAGAACCAAGGUCCGAGGCGCCGGCCUGCGGCGCUGCCGGUCCGCCACGGAGCUGCGUGAGGAAACAACCGUCAGGUUCUGCUUCGUCCAGGAACAGAAAUCAAAAACGGUAGAAGAGCAGAGCUCCGUCGUGCAGCAGAGGAGCACCAACUCGACCCGCAAACAGAGUCUGAGGAGGAGCUCCAGGCCCAACAAAUCAGAAGCCAUCACCGACAUGAGGACCAAGAGGAAGUAUCAGAUUUUUGGAACCAAACCGGAACCGGAGCUGAGCUCACAGUCCUUCGCCAUGGCGCUGAACACCAUCUUGUGGUGGUCCAACGACACCGUGCUGGAAGCUGCCAGGGUUUUCUACAGCACCAAGCGCGUCUCCACCUUCAGCCUGGUGCCCGAGUCGGCCGACAUAUGGGUUGAGGGCAUACAGAAGAGGCUGGUGGGAUACCAGGAGCAGGCCAAGAAGUUCCUGAUUUCGAGCAAAGAUGAGGUGGUGAAGCAGCUGUCCGUGUUCAGGGAGCUGCUGGACUCCCUGCCUGAGGUCCUGAUCAGCCACCAUGUAGGCCAGCAGGGGGCGUGGCUUACAGAGGAGGUGGGCGUGUUCAGGAAGAGGCUGGAGGAGGAGCUGGCGGCCGGCAAGGACCAGAAGAUGUCCAACCUGGGCCGGCUGCGGGUGUCCCUCAAGGAGGACGAGCUGCAGACGCUGGAGAGCAGGGAGGAGCGCCGGCAGCAGCAGCUGCACGACGCCAUCCUCAGGUCACACCUGGAGCUGCAGGAGUGUGUGAGAGAGAGAGCCGAGCAGUUUGUGACGUUGCUGGCAUCUCUGACGGAGAAGCUGCUGCACCUGCUGGACGAGGUGCUGCCAGUCGCAGAAACGGAUCCAUUGAAGCCGCCUGAAGCUGAAUCCCCGGAGGCAGAAGAUGUUCAGGAGCCGAUCAAAAGCUGGACAUGGCCAGGUAUCACUCACCUGUUCCCAAUGACCAGUGAGUCAGCAAAAUCUCCUGUUACCAUGACAACAGCACCCAUCAGUACAGCGAAGAGCAGCCAGAAACAUGAAGCGGUCAUUGAGCGCAGAGAUGCUGCGUUAAAGGGGUUUGAGCAGCUGAUCCACUUGGAGGUGUCGCGUUCUGAAGCUGACAGACGGAACCAGCUGAGCGAGCAGCAGAACUGGACCUCCUACUGGGCCCAGCAGGUCUUCGCUCUGAGACAGACCCAGAUGAGGCAGCGCUGAGCCGCAGCAGCUGAUUGGCUGCUGAGCUCCUGUAGUUACCGUUUCCAUCCAGCAGGUGGACGACGAUCCUCUGAACCCUCACACCGGCAGCUGGUUUGGUUGCCAUGGCGUCGAGUUGAUGUAAUAAACCAUUUGAUGUUGCAGUGGUUGGUUCUGGUUCUGUAGGUUCAGACCUUCACAUCUGAGUCUUCAAAGAGUAACUAACCUGCCUGCUUAGCCCCGCCCCCUGACACAUUUAGACCAAUUCCACCAAAGUGGGCGGAGUCAAGAGACACAGAGGGGCGUGGCCACGUGAGGAUGACUGGACUUAUGGACUUUGUUGCCAUAUUUAGAGUUUUUCUGCGUUAUUGGAGACUUUUAUGAGGAAACCUGCUGAUGAACCACAUGAGUAACUCUGGGAACGUCAGACUGCAGGUGAGAAUUAGCUGCUUUAAUCUGUUAGAGCUUCACAUUGUCUCUUUUUAAAUAAAGUUUAUUGUUAUUCCUAUCGAU